CAGAAACAGAACAUCGUGCGUGAGUCAGUCGCGCUAAGGCAAAUGUGUGCUAUAUGAAACGGUAUUCCAAGCUUUGAAAGCAUUCUUUGAUCUGUGUUAGAGAAGAAGGUGUCAGAGCGUAUAUCGCUUUAAAAGACUUCAUUGUUUUAUAGUUUGGCAGUCAGGUGGUCGAUUCCCAUUCAUAAAUCCGAACUUUAUUUCCACCGUGAUCUUUAAGUGUUUUGUGAUCUUUGUACAAUAAUGUUAUCAUCAAAUACUAUGUCUCGAUCUUCGGCAUUCAAAAUUACUUCGUCUGCGGCGGCCAGUGUGGCUGCAAGUGCAGCGUCCGUUUUGCAAGAACAAAAGUUGGCAAACAGUAGUGGUGUUACCCCUGUUGGACAACAAUUGGACAAAAGUGAAAUUAACGAUGCUGUUACUAAAGUUCUGCAAGGCUACGACUGGACUCUUGUGCCCAUUGCAUCAAAGGCUGCUUCAGAUAAAAGAAAACUUCAUGUUAAAAGGCCCAUGAAUGCUUUUAUGGUGUGGGCACAAGCUGCUAGAAGAAAAUUAGCUGAUCAAUAUCCUCAACUUCAUAACGCAGAACUAUCAAAAACUUUGGGGAAAUUAUGGAGGGUCUUAAGUGAAAAUGACAAAAAACCGUUUAUAGAAGAAGCGGAAAGGCUAAGAGUAAUUCACAAACGAGAACAUCCAGAUUACAAAUACCAACCGAGAAGAAGAAAACAAAAUAAACCUCACAACGAUGGCAUGCACCAAUUGCCGCAUGGUCAAAACGUUACUUUUUCUCGACAAAUGAAACAAGAAGAUUCUGCUUCCAGUCCAAGAAGCAACUCUUCUGUUUCUUCAGUAACAUGUUCAUCGGAAUCCGAUACUCCAAUAUCUCAGUUAAUUUCUGGUUGUGAUAAUCACGGUUUAGAUAUGAGCUAUCCAAGAAUAUCUGAAUUGGAAGGAGCUUAUAUUCCUGAAGACGGCUUGGACAGCAGCGACUUUGAUCAAUACUUACCUUCUGAAAACAACCAAUCCUACUCGUAUUCGCAAAACUAUUUAAAAGGAUUACAAGAAGAAGGUGAGGGAAACAAUAACUACAAAAGUAAAAAGUUAGGAUCUGAUACCUACACUCAUAACGAAUUUGAAGAAACAGCUGCUUUUAAUAGAUAUCAUGAGCUUCAACCUAGUUCAGUUAAGUGUGAAAGGUUUGCGCACUCAUCAAACCCAAUAUGCACUUAUCCAUCAACUAUGCCUACCAAUGCACCAUAUUAUUCCAAUGGUAGUCAGUAUUUACCAUCCUAUCAGUAUUUGAAUCAAAGAUCGAUGUUCACACCUACUGGGAGUACCAUUCCGAAUUUUAAUAUGGAUCCUAAUACUGAAUCAUGGGGAUCCCAUUAUUAAGUAAUAAUUUGUAAUAACCUACUAAAAUUAGAUAAAUGUUUUAAUUAGGUACCGUUUACAUAUUUUCUUUACCAUUUUUGCAUACUACACCAAAAAGCAAAAUAUAGUUUUUGCAUUUAAAGUGUACACAGUGAUAAAAUAUUAUUAAUUUAUUUACAAAUUU